AUGACUAGGGUGUUAUGCGUUGCUGAGAAGCCUUCUAUUGCGAAGUCUGUGGCCCAAACUCUGGGUGGCGGCCGGGUGUCUCUGCGGGAAUCAGGCAACAAAUACGUGAAAAACUACGACUUCAGAUUCGAGUUUCCCGAGUGGGGUUGGUGCGACGUGACCAUGACAUCAGUUUUGGGGCAUCUCACGUCGAUAGACUUUCCCGAGUCUUUUGCCUGGGGAAACUGUGAUCCCGACAGACUGUUCCAGGCACCGAUCAUGACCAAAGGCUCUGGAUCGGACAGUGCUAAAGUGGCCACCAACAUCACGAAUGAGGCUCAGCGUGCCAACCAUUUGAUGAUCUGGACAGAUUGUGAUCGAGAAGGAGAGUAUAUCGGGUUUGAAAUUUUGGAACAGGCCAAAAAGAAGAACGGUUUCUUCAAUCUGAAUAACACAUACAGAGCGCAGUUCUCUCAUCUGGAGCGAUCACACAUAGUGAGAGCUGCUAAAAAUCCCAUCAAACUGAACAAAAAUGCUAUAGAUGCGGUUAGCACGCGAAUGGAGGUUGAUCUUCGAACGGGUGCCAGUUUCACGAGAUUUCUGACCGAAACUUUCAGGGCACGAUUCAAAGACACCGUCCCCAAGGUGGUUUCGUAUGGGGCCUGUCAAUUUCCCACUCUUGGAUUUGUUGUUGAUCGGUACAAGAGAGUGAAAAGCUUCGUUCCAGAAGAAUUUUGGUACCUGUCGAUUGAGGCUAAAAAGGGGAAUUCCAAAGUGCCUCUCACCUGGAGCAAGCCUUCCUUAUUUGACAGGCUUGUUGCUCUUGUGAUCUACCAGGAAUGUGUCCAGUUUUCAGGAAAUCAAGCAACUGUCACCAAUGUCAGUUCAAGACCUACCAGCAAUUGGGCGCCAUUGCCCUUGACCACUGUAGAACUUCAAAAGUGUUGCUCCAACAUCUUCAAAAUGGGUGCGAAGGAAACCGUCGAUUGUGCAGAGAAACUGUACAACAUGGGUUUCAUUUCAUAUCCCAGAACAGAGACUGAUAAGUUUCCCAAAAACAUGGAUUUCAAGAGCCUGAUAGAGAAGCAUGCGCAGUCUUCUACGUGGGGAGAGUAUGCAGCAGCAUUGGCCAACGAGCCUGGCAAGUUUAGAACUCCGAGGGAAGGUUCUCAUGACGAUAAAGCCCAUCCUCCAAUUCAUCCGAUCUGCUUCACUGAUGGAGCAUCUUUGAAUGCGAAACAGAAACAGGUUUACGAGUUUGUGGUUCGCAGAUUUCUGGCAUGUUGCUCUAAAGACGCUACUGGAAGUCUUACCACAGUCAAAGUAAGAUGGGGAACUGAGGAUUUCGCUGCCUCUGGGCUGAACGUGAUUGAAACGAACUACUUAGACAUCUACACAUACAGCAAGUGGGAGUCCUCCAAAAAGUUGCCUGCGUUCGAAAUGGGAGAGAUCAUAAACCUUUCUAAGGCUGAACUAGCGACCGGCCGUACUUCACCUCCCGAGUAUCUCACCGAGUCUGAGCUAAUUGCUUUAAUGGACGCCAACGAGAUUGGAACCGAUGCCACAAUUGCAGAGCAUAUCGAGAAGAUUCUGACGAGAGAGUAUGCUGUCAAAGUGCCGAAAGGAACAGGCAGGUCAAAAGUGUUACAAAUCGUUCCCACUGAACUGGGCUAUGGACUAGUAGAAGGGUUCAACCAGAUUGGAUUUGACAGGAUAUCGCUGACCAAACCGUUUUUGAGGAGAGAGUUAGAAGGCAAGCUGAGGAACAUUGUUGAUGGCCAGAAGAGAAAGCAAGAGGUCCUGGAGGAGAUCAUUGAGCUCUACCAUCAAGCGUUCGUACAAACUAAGCAGAACAAGUCUGUUGUUUUGGACUCAUACAGAAAAAUAGUUGAGUCAAAUAGUUGA